AUGUCAAGUAUUAGAAGUGAACUAGUUAAAUUACUUGAAAGAUUAAGAGUUCCAACUUAUUUAUCAUUUGUUGAUGGAUAUGCAACAGAUACUGAUAUAUCGAGACUAGCGAAUACAUUUAAAAUUCAAGCUGAAUUGGCGUUAAAAGAAUUACAAACUUUAAUCCAGAAUGCCACAGAUAACAAACUAGAUGAUGAAGAAAUAAUACAAAUAAUUGUAACAUGUGCAACGUUUAUAGGAGAAGAAUCAUGGACAAAUUCUGAUUUAAAUAAAAGUGCAAUUGCAACAAUCAACUCGUUGAUUACCUUGCAACCAAAGCGGUUUCCGACUGUUACACGAAUGAUUCAAAUAUUUUCCUCUGAAAUACUCGAAAAAUAUGUAAAACCAGUAUUUCUAAAGCAUACUCCUGUGAAUGUUGAAAAGAGAAGUGGAAAAUUAAAAAAACAACCUGUUGAUUUUGAUAUUGGGAAUGAAUCAUGGAGAGGAGAAAUAGCAAAAGGAUCUAAUAUUUUACGGUGGUGCAUCUUACAUCUGAAAAACGCAGAGAUUGGGAAGACCAUUGGACUUAUUAUUCCUCCAACUUUAUCACUUAUUGAUGAUUAUAAUGUGAAUUUCAAGACUCGAGGUGUCUCUUUACUGGACCAUUUAUUAAAAGAAUUAACCCCUGACAUUAUACAACGAACAGGAUUAGGUGAAGUUUUUCACGAAGCAUUAAGUAGAUGUUUAACUUAUCAAAAUGAGGAAUCUCAUGUUUCAUUAUUACGUCAAAGCUUUUCUGCUAUAAUUUCAUUAAUCUCCUUAAUCGAAAAACCAAAUUCUGAAGCGCGUUUUAUUAAAUAUGAACAAAUAUUAUCCAAUAAUGUUGUAAGGGGGUUCAUAUUUUCGGGUGACAAAAUUGUAAUUCGUAUAAUAUUAUUAGAACAAAUCCCUAAUCUAAGUCAAGAACUAGGUAUAGUUAUGGUUAAAUAUUUAGGAGAAUUAAUACAAACUAUAUGUGACUCUUUGCAAGUAACCUUUGAGUUUACAAAUAAGGAGCAAAUCAUAGGGUUACAUUAUGCAGCAGCAAAAGGUUUAGAAAAGGUUAUUAGUACAUGCUGGCCCAGAAUACCACAAUACAAGGGUCGUAUACUGAAAUCAGUGGCAACAUCAUGGUAUCAAGUGAUGCGUGUUGAAGUUAAUAAUAACAUGUUAAAAAAAUCACUAUGUAACAUAUGUCAACUCUUAAAAUUGGUAUGCGUACAAAAUAACGUGAACAUAAAAAAAGAUAUUCAAGCUUUAUUAGAAUUAGAUAGCGGAAUGUUUGAACCUUUAUUAAAUUAA